AUGUAUCUCCACUGUAAGAUAGAUAUUAUUAUUGAGGAUGUCAUCAAUGAGCACAAGCAAAAUCUUGCAACUGGCAAGUUCAAUGGUCAAUUAGGAGGUGAAGAUUUAAUUGAUGUACUUCUAAGACUUAUGAAGGAUGGAAGCCUUCAAUUUCCCAUCACCACUAACAACAUAAAGGCCAUUUUUAUUGACUUAUUCGCUGCUGGAACUGAAACUUCAUCAUCAAUAGUUACUUGGGUCAUGGUAGAAAUGAUGAAGAAUCCAAGUAUACUCAUCAAAGCUCAAGCUGAGGUAAGAGAUGCCUUUAAAGGUAAAGAAACUUUCAAUGAAAAUGAUGUAGAGGAGUUGAAAUACCUAAAGUUAGUCAUUAAAGAAACUUUUAGACUCCAUCCUCCACUUCCAUUGUUGAAUUCAAGAGAAUGUAGAGAAGAAACAAAUAUAAAUGGCUACACCAUUCCUUUAAAAACCACAAUCAUGGUUAAUGUUUGGGCGAUGAGAAGAGAUCCAAAAUAUUGGGUUGACGCAAAAAGCAUUAAGCUUGAGAGAUUUCAGCAUAGCACUAUGGAUUUUACUGGAAUCACUCCAAGUGACUUGGACUUAGCUGAAUCGGCUGGAUUAGCUGUUCUUAGAAAGAGUGACUUUUAUUUGAUUGCAACUCCUUAUCCACCUUCAUCGGAGUAA